CGACUACUUGGAUGACAUGACAUGACAAGAAGACAGCAAUUUUGUAAUGGUGGUCGUAAAUGACGGUGAUAAAAAUUGCAUUAAUUCCGACUAAAUCUUAUUAGUUUUAUACUUUAUCCCAGUGUAUACUAAUUAUGUUGUUUGUGUGGAACCUUAUGUAAAGAUUUGGGUUAUACUGAGAAAUACUAAUAAGUAGUUUUAUUUGGUUGUCUUUCGACAGACCUAUUUUUCAAUACCUUACAAUGGCUGCAACUAGGAGACUUCAAAAGGAGCUGAAUGACAUCAGACAAUCAGGAAUGAAGUCCUUUAGGGACAUCCAAGUUGAUGAGUCAAAUAUUCUCACAUGGCAAGGAUUGAUUGUCCCAGACAACCCACCUUAUAACAAAGGUGCCUUCCGUAUUGAAAUAAACUUUCCAGCUGAAUAUCCCUUCAAACCGCCCAAAAUUAGUUUCAAAACAAAGAUCUACCAUCCUAACAUUGAUGAAAAGGGACAAGUCUGCUUACCAAUCAUUAGUGCUGAAAAUUGGAAACCUGCAACCAAGACUGAUCAAGUAAUCCAAGCGUUAGUAGCACUUGUCAAUGAUCCGGAACCAGAGCAUCCAUUGCGGGCAGAACUUGCUGAAGAAUUUUUGAAGGACAGGAAGAAGUUCACAAAGAAUGCAGAGGAGUUCACCAAAAAGAACAGUGAAAAACGGCCCACUGAUUAAAUAUAUUUUAUUAGACUUUUAGUAAUUAAAAUGGAUUUGCAACAAUUAAUUAUUCCAUGUGAAAAUUUGCACUUGAAAAGCCCCACUUGACAUAAUUUUCUACUUAAAUCGCAUUUACAUUCCUCCAAUGUUUUUCACCUUGGUUCAAAUUAAAAUGCAUUUAUGUGAUUUUAGUAGCUCUUGCUAACAAUCAGUAGGUAUUUUCUUUUGAACCAGAAUUAUCAAAACAUACUAUUAUUUUAAUUCUAUUAGGUUGGUCUAGUCCGUGUUGCCAUGAAUGUAAAGUGAAUUUGGUGUAAAUCCAUUUUAUAUUACCACUGCUCUGAUUUAAAAUAUUGCUUUGUCAAUCACCAUACUGCUUGCGCGAUUACAAUGAGCACGAAAUUAGUGAAUAGAUAGUUAUUGGCAUACAGAAAAUGCUUGAAUUUUAAAACAUGUUUUGUCUUAUUGGGUACAUUAUUCAAUUAGGAUAUGGCAAGUUUACUUUAAAAACUAUACCUAUCAUAAUAUUAACUUCAGUAUUUCAAUGUUAAAUAACUAGUUGAGUGGGUAAAAUUAGAUAACAUACUCAUAUGUAUUUGUUUCAUAUUGUCUUCUCCAGCUAGCCUUUCUUUCAUAGGAAUAUGACCAUAUUUACCCCAUGUUUAUAGUUGAUUGAAGUGAAUUGAACGGAAUGCAGUAAGAUUAGGCCUAUAAAUUUUUGGGAGCCAUGCAAAGAGAAGUGCUCAAUUUUUAACAAAUCAUGGAGCUAUUUUUGAACAAAUUAUGCACUGAAUGGUGAUUGGUUAACCCUGAGAUGGAUUGUAUCCUGUGUUAGAUAUCAAAGUAUUUUUUAAUUUUCUCUUUGUAAGUCAAUGUGUUACUUGGUAACUGUGUACUGAGCAGUUCAGUGAGAGAACUUAAAUAUAUAUUUUUUUUGAAUUGA